AUGGUGGAUUCCGGACAUUAUCUGGAUACUACAGCAAAUUCUGGACAAAUUCCAGAAUUUUUUUUUCAUAGGGCACAAGAUAUGAUUAAAUAUUGUUCGCUUGUUUUAUACUCAAAUUGGUUAAAUAAUCCUCAUUCUUUAUCCUGGACCUCCCCUUUCUUAAAUAUGAUUGGUCAACAAUGUGGCACAGUUGUAGUCUGA